AUGAAUCAACGCUACAAAAAGUACUGUGAAAUGGAACUCAAGAAGAAUCCAAGAAAGAUACUCCCCUCCCCUAUAGAAAUUACUGAUACUCUUCUCAGUUCAACAUUCUGCAACCGGCCCCGUGCAGAACUCUGGCUCAAGGACAAUUCUGCCUUUAAGGAACCUCAUCAUGAGUUUGUUUGUCAUGCAAUUGCCCCAGUUGGAAGUAUCACGGUCAUGAAAUGGGCACGCCAAAAUGGAUUCCCAUGGAAUGAAAUGACAUCUGCCUAUGCGGCUGAAAAUGGACAUUUGAGAAUGGUUGUCCAUGGGAUCAUUCGACAUGCUCAGGUGCGGCUAAAGGUGGACAAUUGGAAGUUCUAA